AUGUCCAAGAGGAGCACGACCUUGGAGCAGCUUGCUUUCGAAGCAGGCCAGCGACCAUUAGUCGACAGCAGCAACAGCAACGACGACUACGAUCGGACGGAACCGCAGAAGUCUUCCAGCAAGAUGACCCGGACUUCGAUGGCCAACGUUUUGCUUCUGGCGUGCCUUUCUUGGGUUGUCAGUGCGAUUUCAACGCCCAAGCUCGUCGCGUACGAAGAGAAUGGGAAAAAGUACGAGUGCAGAUGUUCUCCUGCCGACAUUUGCUGGCCCAAGGCCGAUGCUUGGAGUAAACUGAACAAGACCGUGGGAGGAGCUCUCCUUCAGCAUAUCCCGCCUGCUGCAGUCUGCUACAACACGUAUCGUGGCAUCGCGACUUACGAUGCUGCCAAGUGCGCCGAGGCCACUGCAAAGUGGACGGAUGAGAGAUGGCAAAUCUCUCAACCUGCAUCGCAGCUGUGGACGUGGGGAAGCAACAACACUUGCGAACUGACCACAGAUCCCACAAAGACUUGCGCUCUCGGCAACUACCCUGAGUUCGUCAUCAUCGCCAAGACGAAAGCUCAGGUUAAGGCUGGCGUGGACUUUGCAAAGUCGAACAACUUGCGCCUCGUCAUCCGCAACACGGGCCACGAUUUUGAGGGAAGAAGUGCUGGUGCUGGAUCCUUGGCUAUCAACACUCACAACUUCAAGGACAUCUCCUUCGUUGAUUCAUACAAAGGCCCCGGAGAUUACAAGGGGCCUGCCAUGACUAUCGGUGCCGGAGUUCAAGGCUACGAGAUCUCGAACGCAGCUCAUGCCAGAAACCCACCCCAGAAUGUAGUUACCGGCGAAUGCGAGACUGUGGGAGUUGCGGGUGGUUUCAUGGGAGGUGGUGGUCACGGUCCCUUGAGCGGCAACUAUGGCUUCGGCGCGGACCAGGCGCUCUCCUUUGAAGUCCUCACCGCAGCCGGAGACUUUGUCACAGCCAACGUCAACUUGAACUCUGAUCUAUACUAUGCUCUCAGGGGAGGCGGCCCGGGAAACUACGCGGUUGUCUUAUCCGUCACUGUCAAGACAUACCCCGACACCAUUCCCGGAGCAGCGCUCUUCUUGAACGUCAACGCUACUACUGGCGCCAACUUCGACCAAGUCACCAAGGCUGUCAACAAGCUCAACGCGCUCGGAAACCAAAUGGUUGACAACGGACUCUACGGCAUCUAUGAGCUAUACCCGCCAGCGAUCGGACCAGCACUGCACGUGCAGCCAAUCAUGGGAAUGAACAAGACUGCCAAGCAGCUCACAGCUGUCGUCCAGCCGCUUCUCACGUACCUCGAUACGGAAAAGAUCCCGUACGACUUUGGAGUCAAAGAGUAUCCCAACUACUACACUCUCUUCCACGACAUCUUCGAACCCGAGCGCGCGGCCCAGAACGGUCUGACGGGUGGCUGGGUCUUUACCCACGACGACAUGGCGAGCAACCAGCCAGCCAUCGCUGAGGCCAUUCAACUUGCGCUGGCACCGGCCCCGAACCAGUUCGGCAUCGUUAUUAGCCACUUUUUCGAUCCGGGAAGUAAUGAGAAGAAGUCCGAAAGCGCAACACACCCUAAGUGGAGAGGCGCGACCAUGCGAACCAUGGCUAUCCUGCCGCAGGCUCUGGAUGCCACCUGGGCCACGAAGCUGGCUCUCAAUGAUCUGAUGGUCAACACCAUCACCGAAAAGUUCAAGCAGGCUGGUCCUAAUGGCCUUGCAUACGUGAAUGAGAACUAUGCCUUCAUGAAGAACUGGCAAGACGCCUUUUGGGGCCCGAUCUACCCUAAGCUGGCGUCAAUCAAGAAGAAGUGGGACCCCAACGGCGUGUUCUUCUCUUGGUCUACACCGGGCAGUGAAGAUUGGAGUGUUGUUGACUACGCGAACCGACUUUGUAAAGCGAAAUGA